AUGGCAGACCAAAAGACAGACCAACAAAUGCACAACAUCAACCACACCAACCUCCAAGAAUUCGUUGAACGAAUCCUCAUCGCAAACAACACCCCACCCCCGCACGCAGCCAUAGUCUCCAAAUGCCUCGUAUCCGCCGACCUACGCGGCGUCGACACACACGGCAGCAACCGCAUCCCCUCCUACAUGGAGCGAAUCAGACAAGGAGCCCUAAACCCCAGUGCGGAACCAACCGUGACGCAAGCCACGCCCGCCGCGGCGCAAAUCGACGCGCACAACGGGUUCGGAUUCGUAGCCGCACAUGAAGGCAUGAAGCGCGCGAUUGAAAUGGCUCAGAUAUACGGGAUUGGGAUGGUGUCGAUUAAGCAUUCGAAUCAUUUUGGGAUGUCUGCUUGGUUGGUGCAGCAGGCUUUGGAGGGUGGGAUGAUGUCGCUUGUUUUUACGAAUAGUUCGCCUGCGUUGCCGGUUUGGGGUGGGAAGGAGAAGUUGAUGGGGGUUUCGCCGAUUGCGUGUGGGGCGCCUGGGGGUGCAGGGAGGCCGUUUAUUUUGGAUAUGGCGCCUUCGGUUGCGGCAAGGGGGAAGAUCUAUAAGGCUUUGAGGAGGGGGGAGAAGAUUCCUACUGAUUGGGCGCUUGAUCGGGAUGGGGCCAGGACGGAUGAUCCUGCGGAGGCUUUGCAGGGUGUUAUGUUGCCGAUGGGGGGCCCGAAGGGGUCGGCGUUGUCGAUUAUGAUGGAUGUUUUCUCUGGGGUGCUUUCUGGGUCUGCGUUUGCGGGACAUGUUACUAACCCUUAUGAUCCGUCGAAGCCGGCGGAUGUUGGUCAUUUUUUGGUGGCUAUUAAGCCGGAUUUGUUCAUGACUAUUGAGGAGUUCAAGGGGAGGAUGGAUUAUCUUUACAAGAGGGUUGUUGAGUCGGAGAGGAUGGCUGGGGUGGAUCAGAUUUACUUCCCUGGAGAGAUUGAGAUCAUUACUGAAGAGAAGCGACGGAAGGAGGGGAUACCGUUUGCUGCAGCGGAGGUUGAAGCCUUGAGAAAGGAGGCUGAUUUGGUGAAUGUUGAGCAUUUGAAGUUGUGA